CUUUCUCUGGCCUCUUCUUGGAAGACCGGGCUUCGCCGCGAGCUCGUCUUCGACCAUCAUCGGCGCGUUUUCCGGUAGAUCGGACGGCAGAGGGUUGAUAAUCGGAGUUGAGGAAAGGUAUGCAGGCGGAUCAGACGGUCAUUAGCUUGAGGCCUGGAGGUGGAGGCAACCGAAGCAGCAGGCUCCUUGUCCCGCGCUUCGAAUCCGCUGCCUUCGCUGCCGCUGGUGGAUCGCCGGCUGAUGCCCUCCGUCCUCAUGGUGCCGCCGCCAAUCUCAAGUCUGGGGAUGCGCGGUUUGAUGGCGGUGAUCGCGUCCGUUACACCAGGGAUCAACUUUUGCAGCUCAGGGAGAAUGUUGAUGUACCAGAAGCCAUUCUGAAAGUUAAACAAGGGAUUGAGUCUGAAUUAUUUGGUGAAGAACAGAACUGGGCUCGUGGUGACAUAAACAUCCAAAAUCAAUCUCAGAGUCGUUAUUCUGAGCCAGACAAUCGGGAUUGGCGUGGAAGAUCAGGACAAUCGCCCUCUGUUGGAGAGGAGAGGAACUGGAAUGAUAACAAAGACUCAUUUGCAUCCAAUUCUAGAAAUGAUAUUAAUCAUCUUAGUUCACAAUUUUCCUCAAGGGCUCAAGUUUCUUCCAAUCAAGGGCCUGGGACAACUCCUGCACUAAUUAAGGCUGAAGUGCCGUGGUCUGCGCGACGUGGCAGUCUCUCUGAAAAAGAAAGGGUUUUGAAGACGGUGAAAGGUAUUUUAAACAAGCUUACACCAGAGAAAUUUGAUGUUCUCAAGGGACAGCUAAUUGACUCAGGAAUUACUUCAACUGAUAUUCUGAAGGAAGUCAUUAAACUCAUAUUUGACAAAGCUGUUCUAGAGCCUACCUUUUGCCCCAUGUAUGCUCAACUGUGCUCUGAUCUUAAUGAAAAGCUUCCUUCAUUCCCUGCCGAGGAACCUGGUGGGAAAGACAUUACAUUCAAACGAGUGCUCUUAAAUAUUUGCCAAGAGGCAUUUGAAGGUUCAGACAAUCUAAGGGCUGAAAUAAGAAAGAUGACUGAUCCGGAUCAAGAAUUGGAGCGCAAGGAUAAGGAGAGAAUGGUCAAGUUGCGGACCCUUGGGAAUAUACGCCUUAUUGGGGAGCUGUUGAAGCAAAAGAUGGUUCCAGAGAAGAUUGUUCAUCACAUUGUCCAGGAAUUGCUGGGACCUGAUGCCAAGGUUUGCCCUGAAGAGGAAAAUGUUGAGGCUAUCUGUCAAUUUUUCAAUACCAUUGGCAAGCAGUUGGAUGAAAGCCCAAAAUCUCGCCAUUUCAAUGAUUCAUAUUUUAACCGGCUGAAGGAACUCGCAAAAAAUCCUCAGCUUGCACCUCGUUUGAAGUUUAUGGUCCGCGAUGUCCUUGAUUUGCGUGCCAAUAAGUGGGUCCCCCGGCGUGAGGAGGUGAAAGCCAAGACCAUUUCUGAAAUCCAUAGCGAGGCAGAAAAGAAUCUUGGACUUCGUCCCGGAGCAGCGGCAAAUAUUAGAAAUGGUCGGAACGCCGCUGCCAUGGGCAGCCUUAGCCCAGGUGCCCGACCUGGGACCGGGGGCAUGAUGCCCGGGAUGCCAGGAGCAAGAAGGAUGCCUGGGAUGCCAGGGUUAGAUGGAGAUGAUUGGGAGGUUCCACGAACCAAAUCCAUGCCAAGAGGUGACCAAUCUCGCAUCCAGUCUCCCUUGGUCAGCAAAGCAUCAACAACAAACACUAGGCUACUUCCUCAAGGUAGUGGUGGUCUGAUUAGUGGUAAGACUAGUGCAUUGUUGCAGGGUGGCGGUGUUCAACAAGCUCGUCAAUCCAAUCUCAUCUCUGGGAAUGUGGAGCCUGCUACUCAAAACCUUUCGCCCUCGAUGCCUUCAAAUCGGGUGACAUCUCCAGCUCCAUCCCCUCAGAAAGCUAGCACUGCACCCAAAGCAAACCCUAAUGAAUUGCGCAAGAAGACGAUCUCUCUUUUGGAAGAGUAUUUCCACAUCCGUAUCCUUGAUGAAGCACUGGAGUGUGUGAAGGAGUUGCAGAGCGCUGAGUAUCAUCCUGAAGUUGUCAAGGAAGCCAUCAACCUUGCUCUGGACAAGGGAUCAAGUUUUGUGGAUCCCACUGUCAAGCUCUUGGAGUUUUUGUAUUCUAAAAAGGUAUUCACCGCACAGGACUUAAGGGCGGGCUGUAUGCUUUACGCGUCAAUGUUGGAUGAAAUUGCAAUUGACUUGCCUAAAGCGCCGGUUUGUUUUGGGGAAGUUCUUGGCAAUCUGAUUUUGGCAGGCGGGCUGGCUUUCAAAACAAUGGUGGAGGUACUGAAUAAGGUAGAAGACACGUUUUUCCGGUCGGUGAUAUUCAAUGCCAUAAUGAAAACUAUAGAAUCCAGCUCGUCAGGCCAGGCCAUAACAGGAGAGCAAGCGGCCGAGAUCAAGGUGUGUGAGAGCCUACUUUCUUGAAUUAAUGCAGUGGCCCUGAGUUCGCCUCUUUUUAACUUCUGUACUCUUUUGUUAAACCAAACUCUUUGCCUUUCUCUUCUAUUUCAUUUGUCCGUCUUUCCUCUUUUUCCCCUUGAGGUGAGCAACUUGUUACAAUUUGCCUAAAAUGGAGCUGUGAGAGCUGUUAAUCUUAUGACUUUGUAUAUUUUGCGAGGUCACAUAAGUGUUAUUAUUUCUUUAUUAUGUAGGGAAAGAAGCACCAUGGAUUUUGUUCAAUGGUGGUUUUGCCCCGUCUAAGUAUUCAAAAACAAGGCUUAAUAGCAGCAAAUAUUUAAUUUGUCAA